AUGGGCCUUGGGAACACCACCUCGGAUUUCAUCCUCCUAGGGCUCUUCAACCACACCACAGCCCACCAGUUUCUCUUUGGGGUUGUCCUAGCAGUUAUGUUCGCCUCCAUUACAGGCAAUGCCCUGAUGGUUCUCCUCAUCCUCCAGGACCCCCGGCUGCACACGCCCAUGUACUUCCUGCUGAGCCAGCUCUCGCUCACGGACCUCAUGCUGGUCUGCACCACAGUGCCCAAGAUGGCGGAUGGCUAUGUGUCUGGAAGGAAGUCAGUGUCCCUCGUUGGAUGUGGGCUACAGAUAUUCUUCUUUCUGACAGUGGGUGGUGGGGAGAGCUUCCUCCUGGCAGCCAUGUCCUAUGACCGCUAUGUGGCUGUGUGCCACCCGCUGCGAUAUGCCACCCUCAUGAGCUGGCAGUUGUGUCUGAGAAUGGCUUUGGGUUCCUGGUCCCUGGGGGCAGCUGAUGGGCUCAUGCAGGCUGCUGUCACUCUCAGCUUUCCUUUCUGCAACAGGCUUGAGAUUGAUCACUUCUUCUGUGAGGCCCCCGUGCUCGUGCGUAUGUCCUGCGGUGACACGUCAGCCUUUGAGUACUUCAUGUACGUCUGCUGCGUGCUGAUGCUCCUCAUCCCCUUCUCCCUCAUCCUGACAUCCUACAGCCUCAUUCUCGCUGCUGUCCUGCGCAUGCGCUCCACAGAAGCCCGCAAGAAGGCCUUUGCCACCUGUUCUUCCCAUUUGGCGGUGGUCAGUCUCAUUUAUGGGGCUGCCAUUUUUGUGUACAUGAGACCCACAUCCUACAGGUCAGCCACCCACGAUAAGGUGGUGUCAGCCUUCUAUACGAUCUUCACCCCCAUGCUGAACCCCGUGAUCUACAGUCUGCGGAGCAGUGAGGUUAAGGGAGCCCUGUGGAAGUGUCUAAGGAAGGGUGCUGCCUUAAGAGGUGACUGA